UAUAAAACCACAACAUUUGUUUCACUGACAUCAGUGCCGCGGGGGUCCUUGCUGUAAAUCACGCUGACGCAAAAUGGCUUUCUUGUAUAAGAUACUAACUCCUUUGGUUCUGGCCACAGUGGUAUUAUCCGGCAGACCAGGCGGAUAUUCAUACAACCGCUUCAGUGGACCAGUUAGUGGCCAGAUAGUGGAAGUCCAAGUUCCUGCAGCAGAAGGCAUACCUGCUCAGCAACAUGCUGAUUAUGGGUACGACCAUAACACUGGCAGAAUACAUCCGGAUACAGCCAAAUACGCCCAUUUAAAAACUGUAGACUAUGUGGCUAAACCCGACUAUCAAUACGCUUAUGGCGUAGAAGAUCCCCUCACAGGCAAUUUGCAAAACCAUAAGGAGCAUCGUGAUGGUGAUGUGGUUCGUGGAGAAUAUUCUCUUGUUGAACCAGACGGUUCCAUCCGCUUGGUGCGAUAUACUGCAGAUCCUAAAAACGGAUUUCAGGCUGUAGUACACAAAAAAGCAGCUGGCCAGACUCAACAACCUGUACACUACGGUCAGGUGAAAGAAGAGGACGACGAUUCUAGAGAAUACUAG